AUGCGGCUUCCUGAAUAUCGUAUAUCCUUCACGCCGUAUUUCGAAAUGUUAUUCUUGCUCCAGGUAUUGGCACUUACUUGAUUCACAAUAUUAACAGAUUCUUUUGUAAACAACAUUUAAUUAUCUUGGCUGUUUCUGCAGGUAAUAUGUGCACAUCUCGUUGGCGUGUGCUACCAUUGCUUCGACAAUAUACUGUGCAUCUUAAAUCUACACAUUGCUGCUCAGUUCCGUAUCUUGCAAUAUAGACUUGCAAAUAUGUGCAACAUAAACGAUCACGAAAAAUUCCACGAAGGUUCGGGAAAAACACUAUACAGUAUGUACAAGUACGAAAAGUUUAGAGCUCACAUUCAACAGCAUCAAUCGCUGAUUCAAUUCUGUAGAAAACUCGAAGACGUGUUCAACUUGCUUGUACUUGGACAGGUGUCGCUGUUCAGCUUGUUGAUCUGCCUCGAUGGAUACUUGAUACUUAUG